AGUCAACGUUGUGGCAUAGUGGUGCCUGCAAUAUUCAGGAUACGACGAUACGUUCGCUGAAAAGCUUUCCAAUUUUCAGUGUUAUCGGGACCGCGGCGACGAGCGCACGUCUCUCCGCUCUCGCAUUUCUCGGGGAAAAAUACGAUAAAAAUAAACAGUGAACGAAUAUUUGAGGGUAUUAUGCUAUUUAACCCGGUGUUGUUUACUACAUCAAAAAAGACUCAAAGAUGAAAGCGUGGAGCGCCCACGAGCAGGACACGACACUGUCCUGCUGCAGAUCGCUGCACGUAAAGCACGCUGCUUAUGCAAGUGCUCUCUACACACUGAAUAUAUCAAUACUGGUGGUGCUCUUGUACAGCUGGAGGAUAGGCGUCAAUGCAAAAAGGUACAAGGAACUCGACGAUGUAUAUUAUGGUGUACAGAUAGCAUAUUUUGCAAUCAUAGGAACGCAAAUGUUUAUGAUUGUCCUCAGCAUAUUUCUGUUUUACGGGAUUUAUAAAGAAAACAUUGCAUUCCUGGUGCCAUGGGUUGUCGGCUGCAUGACGUUUAUGGCAUUGGAAGCUAUGGCCAUGGUUUACUCCAACAUACUCCGAGAUCACGUCAAUAAGCAAUUCGACGCGAUAUGCAAAGCGGAGGUAUUAUUUUUAAUACCCAGAGUACUUUUAAAUUGUCUAUGCAUAUGGUGCGUGCUGCGGCUCUACCAUCUCUUGAGGGCCGGCAUCACGUGGAAAGGCUCCGCGGCUAUAGAGCUGUGACUAAUGCCGCGUCCAGACGUGCGACCCGACUCGCCGACGCAGCGCCCUCCGUGUGAAACGAGCCUAUUACUAGGCGGCGCCGAGAGCGACACAGAUGCCAGUCUACAUUCACUAUGACAAAUCUUCCGAUUGUUAAAAUUAGAUUAAUAUUUACUGUAUAGUUGAUCAAUGUCGUGUUUUAUGUUUAUGGUCGAUCAUUAUAAUAAGGCAUGUCUACACAAUGUUUUAAUAUUACUCCGAUAUUUCUUUGCUAUAAUUGAGAUAUUUUGAAAAUAUUUAGCUGGUAAAUAGAAAUUGUAAUCAUUCGAGAUCUGGUUGAUUUCUUUUAUAUAGAUGAGUAAUAUUAAAUAAUAAUUAUAUAUAUUUUUUUAUUUAGAUAAUUUUAAUUGGUAGGUAUAUAAGGUUUAUGCCGAUCAUGAUAUAUAGAUAUAGAUGAUGAUGAGGUUUGUUUUAUGAUUGCCAACAAACAAAUAUAUUAUUACAUAGAAGAAGUUAUAUCUAUACUGAAUGGUUUUGGAACCUUCACAAAUUUUCACAAAUUUCAGAUAAAUAAUACGAAAUCGACUAUUCCAAUUUGCCUUCCAAGCAAAUUAUACUUCUCUUCAAAACAAUCUAAACAGUCCGCAAGUGAGAAUUGUGAGAAGUAUAUACAGAAUGCUCGAGAGUAUUUCCCAUACAUUCAUGGUGUUGACGAGUUCACUCAUAGGAGCCAAACUGCAUAACUAAUAUUUUUUUAACUAAAAAAUUAAAAAAAUAUGUUUUCAUACAAAGUAAUUGAAAUAAUUCUGACUAUCCAUGUAACACACGCCUUUAUCUAUCCUUGCAUUUUAAAACGCGUAAACUUGGAUACAUCACAAUUAUAAAGAUGCGUUUAUGGGACACAUUUUGAUCUAUUUACAAAAGAAAUAUUAUUUACCUCGAAAAUUUUAACUUUAAAACACAUGUUCCUUGAACAUUUUUAAUUAAUUUUCGGUAAAGAAUAUAACUAGAAUUAUGGGAAACCCAGCAUUCUGUAUAAGUCUACAUAUGUAAGUACAUGAAAAUUGUCUACAUACACACAACUUAAAACUAGGUACUUAUAUAAACGGAUGUGUAUAACUUGCGAAUUUAAAUUUAAACUUCAACUAAUAACAUCACAUGUUUGUCUUAACAUACCAACUAGUUCCAAUCUUAUGUUUAAAUUAGCAUAAUGGAGUAUACCAAUCUCGAAUAUAUCUGUUAGAAUAACAAUCCUCGCCUCGGUAGCACACUUGCGUGUUGCCAAAUUAUACAAAGUGUCUCGCGUAUUGCAAUGCAUUCAUGAUUAUACGAAGCUCAAACUACAAAAUUUGGGUACACACUACUGCGGGGUGUUUGAAUAAUUUGAGCUAGCAACACUCGAGUUAAGACGUUAGCACAUUAAUGCAUGAACCGAUAACUUUAAUAUCUACUAGCGGACGCCCGCGACUUCAUCCGCGUGAAACUAGAUGUAAAACAACACCUAUAUCAUUAAUAUAUAUUUCCGUUUGUUCUAUACAAUAAGUACAAAAAUAUAACUCAAAACAUAAUCGAUUUAAACUAAAAAAACUUUCACCCAUUUUUAAAUCUUAAGGGGUAGAAUUUGGUAAAAUCUUGAAUUAAAUUCUUUUGGUAUCUAUAUAAAUGUACAAAUUUUAACAAAUUGUAACUAGAAAACGGAAGGAUUUUCCGGAAGGUAACCGGGACAGACAAAGAGACAGAAUUGUGUAGACGUUGCCUUAUUAUAUUGGUCGAUGAAUGUAACUCGUUUACUUUAAUCUUCGAUGUUACUAGAUAAUUAUUGUACAUUGCAGAUGCUAAAAUAAUAAUAAUGUAAAAUAGACAUUGUAAAUAACGUCGUAGUUAAAAUAAAUUUCGAACAAAAUAUUCCAUAAAAUAAAAAAAAACUGUUAUAACAUUUCAAUGUAUGUAAACACGAAAGACGAUGCAAAGUGAGACCGAGGGAGUUGUUUAUUAAAAAGCUGUUAUAAAGCGAAUGUAAAUAUUACCGUCACUUUCUGUAUAUAAAUUAGAAUUAUAAGACGUUUUCACAUUAUGCAAUGAGAGACGACACACAGACGGUGAGACGUAAAACGAAUUUUGUUUCCAUUAAUACAGCAGACAAUACUUGUAUAUUAAGAUAUUCAUAAGGUCCCAGGAUGGAUAGACCUCAUACAUUAUCCGUCAAAAGAGCGGACCCGGCUAAAGAUUACAAAUACGCAAUUUGAAACUGUCAACCUUGACCUUUUUAAAUAUAAAUGGUGAAAUGACGUUGUAUCCAAAAGAGAAUGAUAUGGAGACACACAUUUUAACUUAAUUCAGAAUAGAUGUAACUGACACUUACAGGACAAUAUCAACAAACAAACAAAAUAUAGAUAACAAACAAAAUAACUUUUGAUGGAUAAAUUUAAAAAAUACAAACCUUUUUACCAUUACCAGCGAAUGUAGCAAGCAAUGCAGCAAAUGCAAUCGUCUGCAAUAUAUUAGGUGAGAGGCUAACAACCAAAAUUUAAACUUA